AUGUCAGGUACCAUAGAUGUCGAGGCUCUAAUCAAGAAGCUAAGCGUCAAUGAAAAGAUUGAUCUGCUAACAGGCCUCGAUUACUGGCAUACUAGACCACUCCCCGAGCAUGGCAUUCCGUCAAUCCGACUCUCUGACGGUCCGAACGGCGUUCGUGGCACCAAGAUUUUCGAUGGCGUCAAGGCGGCCUGCUUCCCCUGCGGCACCGCUUUAGGUGCCACCUUCAAUACGACGCUUCUCGAGGAGGCCGGCCGCAAGAUGGGUGAGGAGACCAAGCUCAAAGGCGCGCACUGUCUCUUGUCCCCGGCCAUCAAUAUGCAGCGGGCCCCCGUGGGUGGCCGCGGCUUUGAGUCCAUCGGCGAGGAUCCCAUACUCGCCGGCCUGGGCGCGGCCGCGUUGUGCCGUGGCAUCGAGAGGACGGGAGUUCUCUCGACGCCAAAGCACUGGAUCUGUAACGACCAGGAACAUCGCCGUAACGCGGUAUUGUCCAUCGUCACUGAGCGCGCCCUGCGCGAGAUCUAUGCCCUUCCCUUCCAGCUGACGAUGCGCGAUGCUGACCCUGGAGCGAUCAUGACGGGCUACAACGGAUUGAAUAAUGCAUAUUGUAGUGAGAACCGAGACAUCCUCGACACAAUCUUGCGCAAGGAAUGGGGAUGGAAAGGCAUGAUCAUGUCUGACUGGUACGGCACUUACUCAACUAACGACGCUGUUAACGCUGGCCUCGACCUUGAGAUGCCUGGUCCUUCAAAGUUCCGUGGCGACCUGCUCAAGUUCAACGUAGCCACCGAUAAGAUCAAUGAACACACAAUCGAUGAACGCGCGCGGCCCAUCCUCAACUUUGUGAAGAAAGCCAUGGCCUUGGGCAUCCCCGAGAAUGCCCCCGAGAUGACCGACGACUCACCCGAGACGGCGGAGCUGCUGCGCCGUAUCGGAGGUGAGACGCUUGUUCUCCUCAAGAACGAUAGGAACGUGCUGCCCCUCAAGAAAAACAAGAAGACGGUCUUGAUCGGCCCCAACGCAAAGAUCGCCACAUACCAGGGCGGCGGCUCCGCGGCCGUUCCCGCCUACUAUGCCAUUACCCCCUUCGAAGGCAUCAGCGAGAAGCUCGAGUCGCCCCCUUGCUAUGCAGCGGGCGCCUAUACGCACAAGUUACUGCCGCUGCUCGCCAACGUUACCAAGACGGCGUCGGGCGAGCAGGGCAUGACUAUGAAGGCCUAUACGAAGCCUCCAGGCACCGAGGACCGCGUUGUCGUCGACGACCGAGUCCUGUCCAGGUCGGAGAUGCUUCUGUCCGACUACUAUAAUGAAAAGAUUGAGGACAAGCUGUGGUAUGCCGAGUUUGAGGGUUCGUUUACUGCCGAGGAGGAUUGCGACUUUGAGCUGGGCCUGAUUGUGUGUGGCUCGGCCAAGCUCUUUGUGAAUGACGAGCUCAUAAUCGACAAUGCUACGAAGCAACGCCAGGGCGACGCCUUCCUCGGCACCGCGACGGUUGAAGAGAAGAAUACUAUCCCCCUCAAGAAGGGCGAGACGUAUGACUUCCGGGUCGAGUUUGCCUCGUCACCCUCCUCUAAGCUCAAGAGUAACAAUACUGUCGUCGGUAGCGGCGCCCUCCGUAUUGGUGGCUGCAAGGUUAUAAACGCCGAAGAGGAGAUUGCGAGGGCGGCCGCGCUCGCUCAGGACGCUGACCAGGUGAUCAUCUGCGCGGGACUCAAUGCCGAUUGGGAGACGGAAGGCUACGACCGCGUCACCAUGGGCCUCCCCGGCCUCCAAGACGAGCUUAUCUCUACAGUGGCUAAGGCGAACCCCAACACCAUCGUCGUCAACCAGUCCGGUACGCCCGUGACGAUGCCGUGGCUCGACGAUAUCGCCGGACUCGUUCAGGCGUGGUACGGUGGUAACGAGACGGGCAACGUCAUCGCCGACGUGCUCUUUGGUGAUGUGAACCCGUCGGGCAAAUUGCCACUCACCUUCCCUCGCCGCUUACAGGAUAACCCGGCCUUCCUCAACUUCCGCGCUGAGAACUCCCGCACCCUCUAUGGUGAAGACAUCUAUAUCGGAUACCGCUUCUACGAAUUUGCCGACCGUGCCGUGCUCUUCCCCUUUGGCCACGGCCUGUCUUACACUUCCUUCUCCUUCUCCGACGUCUCGGUGACCGCAGUGGCCGACGGCAAGCUCAUCGUUGAGGUCACGGUUAGGAACACGGGCGGCGUGCGUGGUGCAGAGGUCGUCCAGGUGUACAUCGCCCCCAGCCAGCAGGCGCGCGUCAACCGCCCCAUCAAGGAGCUCAAGGGCUUUACCAAGGUCGCCCUUGAGCCCGGCCAGAGCGAGAGCGUCACCGUCGAGGCGUUGACUAAAUACGCCGCCGCCUACUGGGAUGAGUCCCGCCACAAGUGGUGUGUCGAGGCUGGUGAAUACGAGGUCAUUGUGUCUGACAGCAGUACCGUCUCGGACAAAGCCGUCAGGGGGUCAUUCAAGAUCGACGAGACGUACUGGUGGAUCGGCUUGUAG